AUGGCAGCCAGGGCUCCAUCCCGCAUUGCCGCUUUCCGCAUGCUCACCAACACACAGCGAGGCAUGACGGUCGCGCAAGCCCGUUUGCUAUACCUUACCACCAUCCUUCCCAUUCUCACAUUUGGUAGCCCCGUGUGGUAUAACCCGCGGGGCCCACGCUCACUUUUUCAACCUUUGCAACAGGUACAAAAUGACGCGCUGCGCGUCCUGCCGAUGAAACACCAGCUCGACAAGCUCAACGGCCUUGUCGCAGCUCGCCUUCUCACCCUCUCGGAGUCCCACCCGGUGACCCACUGCCUGGCGGCCAACUGCGCUGCCCACCCGCCCAAUUUCUCACUCCUCAACCCCACCAUCCCUAUCCGCCACGGCACCAGCACGGUGGAUGUGCUCGAACAAACCCUGCCCAAGCAGGCAGUGCACCUUCUCCCCUGGUUGCAGCCGCCCUGGGAUCCUGCGCAUCCGUGA